AUGUCGUUACCAAAAUACCAAAAAGCAGUUAUUGUUGAGAAGUAUGGAUCGGGCCUUACACUCAAAGAAAUUCCCGUGCCUGAAGUGGCUCCUGGCCGGGUGCUGGUAAAAGUGGAAGCCAGCGUUCUGGGAAGUGGACUCAAGUCCAGAGUCGAGGCACCUAAAAAUCCACAGUUUAGUCUUCCCGAGCCUUUCAUUGCAGGAACAGCCGGCGUGGGAAGAGUGAUCGAGAGUGACACUUUUAAAAAGGGGCAGCUCGUUUAUCUUGAUUCCGCCGUUUGGUCGAGAGAUGCUCCCAGCCACUAUCUGGUGAAGUCGGUUGCAGAUGGUCCAACUCCAGAAUCUAAGGCCUUAUCGGCACAAGAGUACAAGAGAAACGGCUACCUGUCGGAGUACGCACUCGUGGACAUUGAGAGCUGCUACCCUAUCAAUGAAGAGGCUAUCAAUUUCGACACGGACUUUAUUCCUGGCUUGAGCUUCCCUCUCGUGGCCUAUGGUGGAUUUAGAGAGGUAGAUUUAAAGCCAGGAGAGACUGUGGCUGUCGGUCCUUGUACCGGACGGUUUAGCAGUGCUGCUGUUGCGGUGGCCGCUUCACUGGGUGCUAAAGUCCUUGCCUUAGGAAGAGACAAAGCGGCUCUCGAGAAACUUGCAUCCAAUUAUAAAAACGUUUAUCCUGUUGUUCUGACAGGCGAUAAAGAGGCUGAUACAGCUACUCUUCAAAAGUUCGGUUCUCUCGACGUUUUUAUGGACUUCAGCCCUAGCGGAGUACCAGGCCCAAUUUAUCUGGAUGCUGCCCUCGGUGCCCUCAGAUUUGGAGGAAGAAUUGUACUUUCGGGCCUAGUUUUUGGCAAUGUUACUAUCCCAUAUGCACUAAUUGUCGCAAAUGAUCUUACUGUCAAAGGUAAGUUCAUGUAUUCGCGCCAGGAGGCCAAGGACUUCUUCAAAUUGGUUGAGAAUGAAAUCUUUAAGCUGGAUCACGUGAGCGCAAAGAAAUUCCCUAUCGAGAAGUACUCAGAAGCUGUUGACGAGGCCCAAGAAAAAGGUCCAUGGGAUCACCUGAUUGUGGUUAACACUAAGUAA